AUGGAUCUCUAUAACAUCGUCACAAGUAAUGAUGAUCAGCCUCCUAAUGACAGCUCUAUCGAUUUCGUAGUAUUCAAUAAUACUAACAAUAUCAAUAACGACCACAGCAACACAACGGAGUUAUACUACCAUCUGAUUAAACAACCAGUUGGUAUGAUACUUGUCCUCAGUUUUUCAUACACUAUAGUUUUUUUCUUGGCGUUGCUGGGUAACGGAAGCGUCGUCAUGGCGGUUUUCUUAGACAAGAGUCUACAUACGCCAACAAAUCUGUUUCUAGUCAACCUGGCAGUCGCAGAUGUGCUUGUGGCUAUUGUUUGCUUACCGAUAACUCUGCUUAACAACAUCUUCACGGGUAAGUACUAUAUGUAA